CAAUGCUGUCCAAUACUACUCAAGUUAUGGGCUUUAGAGAGAGAUAACUUGCAAGCACUUUCAUUCACAACCGCCAUCUCAGAUAACAACUCAAUCAUGGCUUCAAACGACAACACGCCCAGCCUGGAAGCACUUCUCCAACGUCUCCAACUCCUCGAAGACAAAGACACACUAGCAACACUGCUCAACCGCUACUGCAACACGGCUGACGACCACAAAUGGGACGAAUUCGCCGACUGUUUCGUUCCCAACGGUGUUCUCGGAUUCGAGAGCUGGGGCGAUGUCGUGGGUGUUGAAAAUAUCGCUGCUGCUGCCCGCGGUGCGGAAGACAGAUUUCAAGGUCUACAGCACUCAAUGAGCAAUCUACAGUUCACAGUCAAUGGAGACACGGCUGAGGGGAGAUGUUAUCUCUGGUUUUCUGCGACUAUGGAUACGAGCAAGCCUCAUGAGUACCAUGCCUUUGGAGGACAUUAUCGGUUCAAGUUUCAGCGAACAGACAAGGGAUGGAAGAUAUCAAGAAUGCAGCUUAAGAAGAUCUGGGCGCAAAAUGAAGAUACAGAGCGCGUAUUCGGAUAGAGCUAUUUAGAAGAGGACGAGCUGGAAGGACAUGGCAUACUCUAUCUGCCUCUAUAUCUUAAUGCUCAUUUUGUUGUCCACCAUAUUCAU